UCUACGACCAUGAAAUGGCAUCCCUUCUUUUACUGAUACAUCUCCUUCCACCAUCACCAGGAGGACUGAAGUCUCCAAAAAUCAGUGCAUGUGAUGCUGCUGAAAGACUUGUAAUCUUUCAUAAGUCAUGCUGCAGUUUGGAGGAGCACCUCAACAACAUCCAGCAUCAGCAUCCGUACCUCCUUGCUGUUGGACGCCAGAAAAGCAAGAUUGAGGGCUUCUACAUCAUCUUGGAUAAGCAUCUCAUCCCAUGCCAGGCAAACCGCUCCCUUGGAGCAUUUGAUGAACUUUUCAAGGCACAUUUUGUGUUCAAUUUGUCCUAUGAUAGUGCACUUCUAAACUUUUACACAUUCCUGCAGACAACAGUGUAUAACAUUGAUGUAGGUCAAAUGAAGGAGUCUCCCAGGGUUAGAGAUUUGAGAGCCAGACUGCUCAACCAGACCGUAACCUUAACUUAAAGUCGGGUAGUAUGAUGUUGACAGAAUGCUGAUCUGUUUUAUUUGUCAAAAAGAGCACCCAGACAGUCAACAGUUGAUUUCCCAUUUAAGAGGUGAACAUAGUUAUUAUCCUGGAUCUAAGUUCAAAUUAAUUUGUUCUCAGCAAGGUUGUAGGCAUCAGUUCCAAACAUAUGCAGGUUUUCGUAAGCACCUUAAUAGUGUUCAUAGCAGCAUUCAGCUGAUUGCUCCAACUUCAACUGUUGGAUGUUCCUCAAGUGAGCCAGUUGCAAGCUCAUCUCAUGCUUUGGAGGACCUUAUGAAUCCCCAGCAUUUAUCUCCUUGUUCCAGUGGUUUAUCUGAUAACAAUGAUUCAGGGCUUACUAAAAAUUCAACUAAAGAAUUGUGUGAUUCCAUUGUGGCCAAAAUACAAGCAAGUGGGAUUCCAAACAGUUUGGUGUCCUCAAUUGUGGGAGAUUUAGAGGAGCUAACAGAUGAGCUUAACUCUCAGGCUAAGCAUAACAUACUUUCUGCUUUGCCUACAAAUGACCCCUACAAAACUGUAAUAAAUGAAUCUUUUGAAAAAUUAGAAAACCCAUUCACAAAUCUGAAUACAGAAUGGAAACGUAAUAAAUACUUUAAAGAAAAAUGGGGAGUUGUAGAGCCCAUUGAGAUAACACUAGGUGUGCGGUAUGACAACAAAUUGAAUAAGAAAUCUGGUACUUAUGACCAAGUUCCAGUGAAUGAUACUUUUAUAUAUGUGCCAAUUUUAGAAACGUUGAAAUUCAUGUGCAGAAAUCCAGACAUUUGUGACCUCCUAAGGAAAGAUUGUAGAUCAGAGCCUGACACUUUUACAGAUUUUAGCGAUGGAAGUUAUUUUAAAUCCCACCCUUUAUUUACAACAAAAAGACAUGCAUUACAAAUUCAAAUAUACUAUGAUGAUUUUGAAACCGCUAACCCCCUUGGCUCCAAACGUAGUAUCCACAAAAUUGGCUGCCUUUAUUUUAUUGUAAGAAACUUGCCCCCAAAAUUUAACUCAGUUCUGAUGAACAUUCAUUUGUUAGCACUUUUUCACACACAAGACGUAAGCAAGUACGGUUUUGAUGUUAUACUGGAUCCGUUGAUAAAUGAUAUAAAGAUACUUGAAAGCCAAGGAUUAAGUCUCCCAUUCUCAGAUGAGCAGAUAUACGGCACCAUCGCACAAAUCACUGGUGAUAAUCUAGGAAUGCAUUCAAUUCUUGGUUUUAAUGAGUCAUUUAAUAGCCAUCAUUUCUGUCGCCUUUGUUUAAUUGAAAAGAAUGAUUCUCAAACAGUAUACAGUGAGGAUGAUCCUAAGGUGGUCCUUCGUGCACAAGAAAUCUUUGAAAUACAUUGCAAGUCUCUCCAGGAAAACCCACAAUUGAGGUCACUAUAUGGUUUGAAAAAAAAAUCCAUAAUUAAUACACUGAAAUACUUUCAUGUUAGCAAUAACUACUCAUUUGAUAUAAUGCAUGACCUUCUUGAGGGCGUGGUUCAAUAUGAAAUCAAAUUGCUUUUUGGACAUCUCAAACAAAACUUUAUAUCUGAAGAGGAUUUACUUUCAAGGAUUUAUUCUUUUGAUUAUGGAUUUUUAGAACGAAAAAAUCGUCCCACAAAGGUUAUUUUGGAUAGUGCUGGUAAUAGCAUUGGUUUAAAUUCCAUUCAGACAUUAUGUCUUGUGAAAAAUCUCCCACUUUUGUUUGGAGACAUUGUUCCUCCAGGACACAAACACUGGAGUUUGUUGCUUAUGUUACUUCAAAUAAUGAACAUUGUGUUUUCACCUUGUCUCACUUCAGGUUUGACAGUGUAUUUGAAGCACUUGAUUGCUGACCAUCACAAACUAUUCAAGUACUUGUAUCCUCAUAAAAAUUUGAUUCCUAAACAUCAUUACAUGAUACAUUACCCUUCUUCUAUAAGGAAAAUUGGCCCCUUGUUAUAUAUGUGGUCAAUGAGGUUCGAAGCCAAACAUAAGAUGUUCAAAGAUUUUUUUAAAAAUUUCAAAAACAUAACAAAAUCAUUAGCUAAAAAGCAUCAGAUGGCCAUUGCGUACCAUUGGGAAACAUUCACCCUCAAACAUAAUGAGUUUGGGCCAAUUAAACCAUUUUCCAUAGGGAAUGAGGUCAGCAAUCAAAUGCUUGAAAUGUUCAUAUCAAAAGAUGUUUUCUCAACCAGUUGGGUUAAAGUUGAUGGUGUAGAAUAUAGAGCUGGACUUGUGGUGUGCAGUGCUAUAGAAAGUGAAAUGCCAGUCUUCUGUCAAAUAAGUGCUGUACUUUUGGUUGAAAGUUACAUUUAUCUGUUGGUAAACAAACUAUUCACAGAGAAUUUUGAUGAACAUUAUCAUGCAUUCAGAGUAGUACGAAGUGAGGAAAGGCAGAGAGAACAACUCAAUCACACUGAAACACAGAGAGCUCUCACAAAGGACGGUCAUUUGUUUCGGAGCUCCAGACUUUUCCUGCAGACACUAAAACUGAUGGGAUACAACUUCAUUUUAAGUAAUGUUACAGGUGCCAAAGUAUGGCAAGCUUCAAACUUCCUCAUUUUCAACACAUCACGCUUGUACUGA